UUUAUUAACAGCUACCUGGUUGCUAGACGACUCAAUCUGCAACACUGAUGUGAAAACAGAAACCUUUACGUGGAAAUAAAACAUUGAAACGGGUUUCUGGAAGAUAUAGCUAGUCAGCAGGGUCAAACGCCAAACCGACCCGUUACGAAGAAAACCGCAGCGUUGUCGACAAACAUCCAAGUUUAACGUUAGCUAAGGUCUCUUUUGUUGCUCCAUGUUUUUACUACUAACGUUAGCAAGAGAAGCAACCACAGUGCGCUUUUUGACUCGGAAAACAUGAGGGAAUUAACUAACGUUCGCACGGAGAAAGUCAAGUUUUCCAACUUAACGUAACUGUUCGCCUACCAGCCAUGUUGAGUACAACUGCUAAGAUGUCUCUGGAGGCGAGUGAUAUUCAAACAGAUGAAGACUGCGAGGAGCUGGUUGAGGAUGGCUUCACUUUCUCUGCUGAUAUUUUGGAAAAGAUAACAAAGCAGAAGCGGCCCUCUAGCAAGCCUCCUUCUUCUCCAAGGUCUCCAUACCUCUCUAGUCUGAAUGUGAACCCCAGAAGAGCAGCAGUGGCGGCCUGGAGACUGCCGAGGGCCUCCCUUGGGGACACCAGAGGGGACACUCCUACGGAGAGUGGCUCAGCUCGUCUCACAUCCCUCAGCAACGGCCAUGAUGUGUCCCAGACACUGAGAUCAGAGUGCGAUGUCACACCAGAGCUUCUCAAACAGACCUUCAGCAAGAGGAAGCACAAACUGCUCCACUCCGGUUCCAACGGCUUCACCCUCAGCGCAGGUGACAACAGAGACAAGGAGGACAUGCACGAUGAGAUUAUUCGCCUCAAGAAGAGUCUCCAGGCACAGAAGUCUGACAACCAGCAAAUGAAAGCCAAACUACGCCGCCUGGAGGAAGAUAAUGCUAAAAGAGAGAAACAGAUAGAAGAACUGUUGGAUCCCACUAAAGGAUCUGAAUAUACUCGUAGUUUGGUGGAUAAGAAAAAAGAAGGGAGUGUUGUUCUCAAUGGGCUGAAACAGAGAAUCUUGAAGCUGGAGCAGCACUGUAGAGAGAAAGAAAAUGCCCUGAGUAAACUACAAAGUGAGCUGAGGACCACCAACCUAGAGGAGCUGAAGAUUACAGUAGAAACCUACUUCGAUGAGAUCCAGAGGCUGAAGAUUCUUCUAGAAGCUGCAGAGAAAAGCAGUCGAGCGGAGAGUAAAAGCUCCCAGAGGCAGCAGAAAGUUUUAAGCUCCACGGUUCGUCAUCUGUCUGAAAACCUGAAGCAGCUCCAGCAGGAGAACACAGCGCUCAGAGAGGAGCUCAACACUGACAGUCCAGCAGGAGGAAUCAAAGGUUACAGAGAGUGGAGUAAGCAGAGACUGUUGAGAAGGCUGUUGGAAGUAGAGAAGAGGCUGGAGGACAGCAGAAGACACGCCCAGUCAGCAAAACACAGCGGCCGAUUGGAUCAGGAGGUCCAGGCCACUUCCACUGAGAUUCUGGGCUUCCCCAUGGCAACAGUGGCAGUGGUCUCCGUGGGAACAAGCACUGAGGAAGGGGAGGAGGUUUCUGAUCUUAGAGAACACCUCGGCCAAUUGGAGAAGGAGAAGGUGGAGUUUCAGGAGACGUUGUCAAGUAAAGAUGACAUAUUGAACCAGUUGAGGAAAGAAAGAGAAGAAUUGGAGACCAAGACAGAACGAUGGAAAGCUGAGCAGUCAAAUGAACGGGAGGAAGAAAGACAGCAGCAUAAACAGGAGUUAGACCAGUUGUGGGCAAGGAUCCAAACUCUAGAAGACAAAGGUAAACCUGCAGAAGAUGAGCUCUCCUCUCUCUCUGCCACAUCGCCUGAGGACACUCUGGCUGGAACAGGUCUGGACGAGGGAGAAGAGACGGACACCGGAGUUAAAGAAGAGAAGGGGGGUGAAGGAGAGGAAGAUGCAGGGAACAGAGAAAGGGAGAAGGCAACUUUGGUCAUUCAGACCUUCUGGAGGGAGCACAGAAACAGGGACAUUGUGAUGUUGCAGUCAGCAUUAAGAGGUCAUCUCCUCAGAGAGUCACAGCUCAAGAACCUGCUGAAAGACGCACAGAAUAAGGCUGUAGAAGCAUCAAACCACAGUGAUGUUGCAUCCUCUGUUGAAGGAGAGCUAGAUGUGGUUGCCUUGACGACACUACAGUCUGCAUUCAGGGGACACCUGGCUCGCUGUAGUCACGCAAUUGAGAGCUCAGGGUUCCCUGUGCCUUCUCUAAUGGGAAACAAAUUGCCCACUCUGGAAUCAAGAAGAGCUUGCUCAACACACACACCCAGCAGAACAGGUGCUGCAUCCCCCUAUAAAGAUGAUGAAAAGCACGGCGAGGAAGAAGACCCCAGGCUUGUCUCUAGCACUCACUCCUCCAGAAUGACACCCACGACAGACCGGACAGAGCUUCGUUGUACGGCUGCGUCCGGUGGAGCCGCUGCAGUUGAUUCUGACGAUUCUGAUGACAUCAUCGUAUCUCCAUCACGUCCUAUGAGAGGCAGAGAAGUCUUAAUCUUAUAGACCUUCUGGGUUGUGUGUGUGUUUGUGUUUGAAAGGGAGAGAGAGAGAGUAAGAGUGUGUGCAGGAAGAAUUUCUGCCUGUGUUUCUAUUCCGAGCCUGUACUGUGUGGCAGAGACUUGCACAGUCAUAGAUCGCUGGGAUAUACACGUUAGUCAGGUUAGCAUUAAAAAUACACAACAUUUUCUGUCUGUAAAGCAAUUCUUUCUCUACAGUAAUAACCAGAAUAUUCUGGGAAGUUGGGUGCAGAUUUAUGACAUGACAUGAAGUUAGGAGGCACAUGAACAUCUCUUUUUUUUUUAUUAGGAUCUUGAGACUGUCAAAAUACAGUAUGUUGAUGUAUCCCAGUGUUGACAUGAGGCUAUAGGAUAUUAGCUUUAAGUGAAGGAGAAAGCCCCAAACAUGAACAUAAACUGGGCAUCCCCUUUUAAUUUUUUGUGGUAUAUCAUUUGAGCCAAUAGCCACCUUCCAUCAGUCUUACGUAGUCUCAUUAGUUUGGUUUGCCGACGUGCCUACAUGGUUAUUUAAAUAUAAACUACAAUAGUAAACCUAUCCCUUUCUCUUAACCUCACUGGUCCAAGAAAGCCAGAUCACUGGAAAUGCAGUACCUCUGGAUUUCACUGGCUUAAAAAAAGGCAUUUUGACAAAAUACAUUUUGACAUGCCUGUUUGUAACACGCAACCAUCUUUACACUAAUCUAUCAUGUGCGCUUAAUACAUUAUGGCUGAUUCUGAGGUCUGAUUGAGGGAUGAUUCCCACAUUGAUGCACUAUUAAGUCAAACUGUGAAUAAAUUAUACUUAAGUCUGCUGCAAUACUAAACACGUAGUCAGUACAAUGGAGAAUACACAGGGAGUAUAGCUAAUGCCAAUAAUGUUUGUGCUCUGAAAUAGACAAUUGACAACAUAUAGUUAAAGUCAACAGAGAGAAUGGAUGAAUGCAGUUUUCCCCACAUGUGUAACUUAAUUUCUGAGACAUUCAAUAAAAUGCUGUUUUAUAAUGAAA